AUGGCGGGGAGCAGUUCCGUCAGUGAUAGCAGCGCACCAUUGGUCUCCGACGACGAUCCGAAUGUCGCAUGCGAUCGCAGGCGACAUUGCGUGCUGAUGGUGUGCGACUUCUUCUUCCCCAACUUCGGCGGCGUGGAGAGCCACAUCUACCUGCUCGCGCAGUGCCUGCUACAGCGCGGCCACAAGGUGGUGGUGCUGACGCACGCGUACGGCGACCGAGUGGGAGUGCGCUACCUCACCAACGGCCUCAAGGUCUACUACGCACCGCGCCGCCCCGUGUGGCUGCAGGAUAGAACACGCCUCUCUUGCACACCCACCACAGCUCGCAUCUACAAUCCCAAUCCAUGCCCUGCCCCCAUCUACCCACCCUACCCACUUUUCCCCACCUUCCCCUUCCCUUCGCCCCCUCUCUCCCCCCCCCACUCCCAAUCUCACGGGGCAACGCCCCCCUCGCCGCUCCCCUGUCUGUCGCUGCCGCUGUUUCGCGCCAUAGUGGAGCGCGAGCGCGUGGCCAUCAUGCACGCGCACCAGAGCUUCGCUCCCAUGUGCCAUGACGCGCUGUUGCAUGCCCCCACGCUCGCCCGCCGCGCCGUCUUCACCGACCACUCGCUCUGUGGCUUCACUGACGCCGCCAGCAUCCACAUGAACAAGGUGCGCCGCCAGCAUCCACAUGAACAAGUUCUCGAUGGCGGGCAUCCACGCGGCGAUCUGUGUGUCACACACGAGCAAGGAGAACACGGUGCUGCGCGCCGCGCCCUCGCUGCCGCCGCACCGCGUGGCCGUCAUCCCCAACGCCGUCGACGCCAACAACUUCCUCCCCGACCCCCGCCACUGCCCCCCGCCCCCCAUGCUGCUGCUGCUGCCCGCGCUGCGGGUGCUUCUCGGGACGCUGCUGCCGCUGAUAGCGCGCGGAACGAGGCGGCAGGAGGGAGAGCAGCAGUGUGGGGCGCGGAAUGGGAUAUGGAGGAUGGGGAGGGUGCCGUGGCGUGCAGGGCUGCAGGCAGUGAGGCAGCAGCACAUGCAGCGGAUGGGGGAGGAGCAGAACACGGGGCAGGUGGGACAGUGGGGCAGAGCGAGGCAGGGGGGGCUGGGGGGAGGGAAGAGGAGGGAGGGGCAAGGGAAGGAGCGUGGAGCAGAGAAGGGGCGGAGGCGGAGACAGCAGCCAGCACGGCACACCCUCCAGCGGCUGAGGUGGGGGGGAGGGUGGGGGGGGGAGGAGCAGAGGGGGGAGGAGCAGAGGGGGGAGGAGCAAGGUGGCAGAGCAGCAUGGCAGUGGAGGCAGGCAGGCACGUGGCAGGCAGCACGGGGAGCGCCAUGGGGGCUGGUACGGAGAUGAGGGCAGGGGCGGGCAUGGAGGCGAGGGGGGGGGCGAGAGGGGAGAUGGAGGUGGAGAUGGAGGUGGAGAUGGAGGUGGAGAUGGAGGUGGAGAUGGAGGUGGUGAUAGUGGUGAUCAGCCGCCUCGUGUACCGCAAGGGCGCUGACCUGCUCUUUGACGUCAUCCCCGCCGUCUGCCACUGCUUCCCCAAGGUGCAAGCGCGUGCCACUGGUGAUGCUUGCGCGCAUUGGCCCACCCGCUUGGAUGCAGUCACCGUGCUGCUAUGGUUGGGGUGUGGAGAAGGGUGGGGAGGGGGUGGGGGCCGGGUUGAAUGUGUGCGCGCGAGCGGGCGAGCGUGGGGGCGUGUGAGGUGGGGGUGGGGUGGGGGUGGGUGCGUGGGUGCGUGUAUGUGUGCAUGUCGUGUGGGUCUCUGUAUGUUGAUGCGCACUGGCCGGGCCCGUGCGUUGGUGUGGCGUGGCAUGUCCCAUGGCAGCAGGUGUGGUGGAUAA